AGCUGGGCAGGGGACCAAUGUGCCUGUGCUGGUGGAGGAUGAAAGAGGGGGAAAGGAGCCCCCUGCUGUCCCAGGACGCUGGGGGCCAGGAGCCACCCCUCUCUGGGAGCAGCCCACUCACUUCGAGCCACCUGGGUCCAGCACUCCAGGAGGGCCAGGCCUGGAGGACAGGCCUUGGGGGAGGCCUGGUCCCCUUCCUCCCCUCGGGAAGAAGUUGCCUCAAGUGCCUGACCUUCCUAUCCAACUUCCUCUUCUCUCUGCUCAGCCUGCUGGCCCUGGCCAUGGGGCUCUGGGGCCUGGCCAUCAGGGGCUCUCUGGGGAAUAGUUGGGGGGGCCCCCUGCCUGCAGACCCCAUGCUGGGGUUGGUGCUGGGGGGGCUGGCGGUGAGUGUGGUGAGCCUGGCGGGCUGCCUGGGUGCCCUCUGCGAGAAUGCCUGCCUGCUGCGCUGCUUCUCGGGGGGCCUUCUCACUUUCCUGGUGCUGGAGGCCGUGUGGGGGGCCCUGGUGGUAGCCCUCUGGGGCCCACUGCAGGAUGGCCUGGAGCAUGCCCUGCGUGUGGCCAUCACCCACUACCAGGAUGACCCAGACCUGCGCUUCCUCAUGGACCAAGUCCAGCUCAGGCUGCAGUGCUGCGGGGCCACCUCCUACCAGGACUGGCAGAGGAACCUGUUCUUUAACUGCAGUUCCCCCGGGGUCCAGGCCUGCAGCCUUCCUGCCUCCUGCUGCAUCAACCCCUGGGAAGAUGGAGCCUCUGUCAAUGACCAGUGUGGCUUCGGGGUCCUGGGCCUGGAUGAGGAUGCAGCUCAGAGAGUGGUGCACCUGGAGGGCUGCAGCCCCCCACUCCGACAGUGGCUGCGAGGAAAUAUCCCGGUCGUGGGUAGUUGCUUGAUCACAGUCGUGGUGGUCCAGGGGGCAGAGCUCCUGCUGGCCACCCAGCUGCUGAGGGUCCUGGCUGGCCGCAAGGGGGCGGCGGAGAGCCCCGGAGGGGAGAGGGAAGGUAGGCCUAGCCACUGGAGUCCCAGAACUGAUGUCUGGCCCUCUGCCAAGCUGGCUGGGGAUGACUGGCACCGGGGACAAAAGAUGGGGGCAGUGGGAUAGAGUCUGGGACUGCAGGCCUUGCCUCCCCUCCCAGGGAAGGCGUCAGAGUGACCUGCGUGGGUGCUUGUGGACGUGCACCUCGGACACCCGAGCCUCCUCCACCUGCUGGGCCUCUGCUCCCCAGGGUCCCCUCUCCCCAAGGGCUGAGCCUGCCUGCCUCCUUCUCAGUUCUGUUGUUUCCCCAAGGCUCGGCUGGAAUGAGUCCCCGGCGGCCACCUGAUUUCGCUCUGUUUUGGAGGCUUUGCCCCCAGAUCCACUGACUCACACUGCCUGAUCGCUUGCAAAAGCCACUGUGCUCUAAGUGUGGACCGACCCCCAAGAGGUGCUGCCGGGCCAGCGUCU